UAGCCUUCUCCAUGCACCACAAUUGCGCUCAAGGGCCUGAGCCAUAUGGCAUUCUGCGACAUGCUGAUGUUGCUGCUGCUGCUGCUGCUGCCAGUGGGACAAGCUUUGACCAUCAAUCACAGUGACCAGCAAAUGCAGGCUUUGCUCAACUUCAAGUCCGGGAUCACUGCUGAUGCUUCAGGAGUCCUGGCGAACUGGACGCGCAAGAAGAAAGCUUCUUUGUGUUCUUCGAGCUGGAGCGGAAUAAUCUGUGACUCUGACAAUCUCAGUGUUGUGGGUAUCAAUCUCUCCAACUGCACGCUUCAAGGUACGAUCCUCCCUUCUUCUCUUGGAAGCAUUGGUAGCUUGAAAGUUCUGAAUCUGAGUCGAAACAACCUGUCGGGGAAGAUACCACUUGACUUCGGCCAGUUGAAAAAUCUGAGGACUCUGGCGCUGAACUUCAAUGAGCUCGAGGGCCAAAUUCCAGAAGAGCUUGGAACCAUCCAAGAGUUGACAUAUCUCAACCUCGGGUACAACAAACUUCGCGGUGUAAUACCUGCUAUGCUCGGACACCUCAAGAAGCUCGAAACUCUGGCACUCCACAUGAACAAUCUCACCAACAUCAUUCCCAGGGAACUCAGCAACUGUAGCAAUCUUCAGGUGCUUGUUCUCCAGGCCAACAUGCUGGAGGGUUCAAUUCCAGCAGAGUUAGGAGUGUUGCCCCAGCUGGAGCUGAUUGCCUUGGGUAGCAAUCACUUGUCAGGAAGUUUACCGUCUUCUCUUGGGAAUUGUACCAACAUGCAGGAGAUCUGGCUGGGAGUCAACAGCUUGAAGGGUCCAAUUCCAGAAGAGCUUGGACGAUUGAAGAAACUUCAGGUGCUGCAUCUGGAGCAAAACCAGCUGGACGGACAUAUUCCACUGGCCCUCGCUAAUUGCUCAAUGCUCAUCGAGCUGUUUCUGGGAGGAAAUUCCCUGAGUGGACAGAUUCCAAGUUCCUUCGGUCAGCUUCAGAACAUGCAAGCCCUCUCCCUGUAUGGAUCCCAAAGGCUCACCGGCAAGAUCCCAGAAGAGCUAGGCAAUUGCAGCCAGCUAGAAUGGUUGGAUAUCGGCUGGUCCCCCAAUCUGGAUGGUCCUAUCCCAUCAUCAUUGUUUCGGCUUCCGCUAACCACAUUGGCUUUGGCUGAACUCGGACUGACGAAGAACAACUCCGGCACUUUAUCACCAAGGAUUGGCAACGUAACAACGCUGACCAAUCUAGACCUGGGAAUUUGUACUUUCCGAGGAAGCAUUCCCAAGGAGCUGGCAAAUCUGACAGCGCUUGAGCGUUUGAAUCUAGGAUCCAAUCUGUUUGACGGAGAAAUUCCACAAGAUCUGGGACGACUCGUUAAUCUGCAGCACUUAUUCCUUGAUACGAACAACUUGCAUGGAGCCGUACCACAGUCGCUCACAAGCUUGAGCAAGCUCCAGGAUUUGUUCAUUCACAGGAACUCUCUGUCCGGAAGGAUUUCCCACCUGUCAUUCGAAAACUGGACACAGAUGACAGAUCUGAGGAUGCACGAAAACAAACUCACAGGCUCAAUACCUGAGUCACUUGGCGACCUUUCCCAGCUCCAAAUUCUCUAUAUGUUUAGUAAUAGCUUCAGCGGGACAGUCCCCUCCAUCGUCGGGAAGCUUCAGAAGUUGACUCAAAUGGAUCUAUCCAAGAAUCUGCUCAUUGGAGAAAUUCCUCGAAGCCUUGGGAACUGCAGUUCAUUGAAGCAGUUGGACCUGUCAAAGAAUGCCAUUAGUGGAAGAGUCCCGGAUGAAAUUGGUACAAUAUGUAAAAGCCUUCAAACAUUGGGAGUAGAAGGAAACAAACUGACUGGGAACCUUCCGGUUACCUUGGAGAACUGCACCUUGUUGGAGCGCCUGAAGGUUGGGAAUAACUCACUGAAGGGAGAGCUUGGUAUGAACAUUUCGAAGUUGUCCUCUUUGAAGAUCCUCUCGCUCUCACUCAACAAUUUCCAAGGCCAGUUUCCACUGUUAAACGCAACUUCCAUCGAGCUGAUUGAUCUGCGGGGGAACAGGUUUACUGGUGAGCUCCCUUCAUCUCUGGGAAAGUACCAAACGCUGAGAGUACUAAGCUUGGGGAACAACAGCUUCCGUGGUUCCUUGACAUCCAUGGAUUGGCUGUGGAAUCUCACCCAACUUCAGGUGCUCGACUUAUCAAAUAACCAGUUUGAAGGAUCACUGCCCGCCACCCUCAACAAUCUACAGGGUUUCAAGUUAACACCGGAGGGCGAUGCUGCGGAUGCCGAUCGACUAUAUCAAGACCUGUUCCUCAGUGUGAAAGGCAAUUUAUUUGCUCCAUACCAGUACGUCUUACGCACCACGACUCUGCUGGAUUUAUCGACGAAUCAGCUGACUGGCAAGCUUCCUGUAAGCAUGGGCGACCUCGUUGGCCUUCGUUACCUUAACCUGUCCCACAACAAUUUUAGUGGUGAGAUUCCAAGUUCCUAUGGGAAAAUCACUCAACUGGAGCAGCUCGACCUGUCCUUCAACCACCUGCAAGGCUCCAUUCCAACCUUACUCGCAAAUCUCGACUCCCUUGCCUCCUUCAACGUGUCUUUCAAUCAGCUGGAGGGUAAGAUCCCGCAGACGAAGCAGUUUGACACAUUCGACAACUCAAGCUUCAUCGGAAAUCUUGGCCUCUGUGGUCGCCCACUCUCCAAACAAUGCCACGAAACAGAAUCAGGAGCAGCCGGACGUGUGGGAGCUGACUCCAACGAAACCUGGUGGGAAGAAAAUGUGUCACCUGUUUCUUUCGCACUGUCCUCCUCCAUUAGCUUCUGCUUGUCGUGGUUGAUGCUACGCUGGAGGCAGCUGUAAGCAGCCAGACGAGCUAUCGAACCAUCGUCCAAAUGUUCAUUGUACAUACGAGGAUCAGCUGGCCAGUUGCUGGUGACCAAGGUUCCUCAGAUCACCACCUAAUAGGAAAACCAUGCGCAUUUUAAAGAGCUGCA